ACCACCUCAACCGGCUCCUUUCAAUGCGAAGGAGCAGCAGUUCUACUCCGAGUCCCUCCCGGAUGACUGAACUUCUCACCUUAUCCCUAAGGGAGAUGCCAGCCACCCUGCGGAGAAAUCCCAUUUCGGCCGCUUGUAUCCGCGAUCUCGUUCUUUCGGUCAUGACCCAUCCUUCAUGACCAUAGGUGAGGGUAGGAACGAAGAUGGCCCGGUAGACAGAGAGCUUUGCCUUCUGGCUCAAAUCUCUUUUCGUCACAAUGGUGCGGUAAAGCGACUGCAGUACCGCUCUCGCUGCUCCGAUUCUCCGGCCCAUCUCACGCUUCAUUCAGGGUUCCCGCGGGUCCUUAAAAAGUCUUAAAAGCAUUGAAUUUAUGAAUUUGGAAAUAAUACCUUAAAAAGACUUGAAAAAGUCUUGAAUUUUGAUACCUGGGUCUUAAAUUUGUGCAGUAUGUAACUUCUCCGUAUAUCGCAUUCUUUUAAAAAGUUUAAUUUGUCAACCACUAUUACUUUGAUUAAAUAACAGCCUAAAUAAAGAGUGGCGGAACCAAUAAUUGAGAACGAACGCUGCCCCGGGUCGGAAGACGUCACUUUGCUACAGCAUCAUAGCAGCACAGACCAGAGAUAGACAGACCAAGAUACAUUCUGUGGUUAUGGGGAAAUGCAAAUUUAAUGAAGCGUGGCGAGACAAACGAGCAUUUCACUGGGUAAAACCUGUGGAAAACAACGUAUUCGAAGCUUUUUGCACAGUAUGCAAAAAAAAAAUCCAGCUUGGUACCAUGGGCAUGAAGGCUCUAGAGUCUCAUGCUAAAUCAGCCAAGCACAUCAGUUCCAUGAAGGUGAAGGAUCAAACUCCCUCCGUCGCCGGGGUGUUUCAGCCUGCUAAUGUUAGCCAGCUAGCUGAUAAUGUGUCUGAAGUAGCAGGUAACGUGAACCAGCCAGCUGCUAACGUUACUGCUACAGCCCUUCCAGCUACUAGCGCAACGCCCGUUAGUGUGGAUCUGCGCACAGCCUUUGGGUCCACACCAACAAUGAAAGCAGAGGUGUUGUGGACUCUCAACACAGUCGCCAAACAUCAGUCCUACAAUUCAAAUGAGAACGUUUCCGAUCUUUUCAAAUUUAUGUUCCCGGAUUCAGACAUAGCUACCACUUUCACGUGUUGUCCCGACAAAACGGCGUACAUAGCCAAAUUCGGUUUAGCGGUGUUCAUCAAUGAGGAACUGGUGUCCAAAGUCAACAAAUCGCCGUUCGUUCUGAUGUUCGAUGAGAGCCUCAACGAGACUACAAAAAAUAAACAGCUGGAUGUGCAUGUCCGCUUCUGGGACGAGGGACAGAUUCAGUCCAGAUAUUUGGGCUCCCGGUUUAUGGGACAUUCCACUGCACAAGACCUGCUGUCACAUCUCAAAGAAUGUAUGGACAAACUGAACCUCAAGGACUUGGUGUCCAUUUCAAUGGAUGGGCCCAGUGUUAACUGGAAACUGUUCGAACUUUUCCAGAAAGAUCAAGCUGAGCAGUACGGAGGUCUUCAGCUCAUUUGUGUGGGGAGCUGUGGCCUACACAUGCUACACAAUGCUUUCAAGUGUGGGUUCACUGCAUGGCUGCUGGACAAGUUGCUGAGAGCAAUGCACACAUUGUUUAACAAUGUGCCUGCCAGGAGAGAGGAUUACGUCACCGUAACCAAGUCCAGUGUGUUCCCCCUUUCUUUCUGUGCCCAUCGUUGGGUAGAAAACCUUCCGGUUGUGGAGAGAGCCCUGGUAGUCUGGCCAUCACUUCUUCUGUACAUGGAAGCUGUGAAAACAAAAAAACUCCCUAACCCUGGAACAGUUGGGCCCUACUAAAAUGCUGUGAAUAGGUCUGUGACUGUGUCUUUACCCUGGUGGUGGUGUGGCCUUUUCAUAGUUUUUGUUGAAAUGUCCUGCCUCUGUCCCUUUCACAGGAUCUUAUGACACAGUUGCAGCAGCCAUAAAGGAUCCACUCAUUCUGGCCAAAUUUCACUUCUACGCAGCACUUGCCAGGACCUUCACGCCCUUCCUAACAAAAUAUCAAACAGACG